AUGGCGUCCAAGAGCGCAACCGCCUUCUCGCCCCGAUCCUCAAAGCCGACACAGUUUCGUUUUUUCUACGAACGUGGCGACUUUCCCAUUGCCCUCGGCCAUGAUACCAAGGGCAACAAGAUCCAAUGGAAGGUUGAGAUUGAGAAGUUGGACUUCCAUCACUACCUGCCCCUCUUCUUCGAUGGCCUGUGCGAAACCCAGCAUCCUUACGACUUUUUUGCCGAGCAAGGUGUUUUGGACAUGCUCAAGGCUGGUGGCAGCAAGGUUCUCCCCGUCAUUCCCCAGCUCAUCAUUCCCAUCAAAAACGCCUUGAACACGCGCAAUCCUGUCGUGGUGGCUCGCAUCCUCAAAAUCCUGCAAGAGCUGGUCUACUGCGCUCCAUUCAUUGGCGAAGCUCUCGUGCCAUACUAUCGUCAGAUUCUACCGGUGCUCAACAUUUUCAAGGCGAAGAACGGUGCGACUUGCCAUCCGAAUUCAGAGUUGUUGUCUGCGUGGCUCAGCAUGUCCUCGGCUUACCCUAACGCCAACCUUUGGAUGACAGAAACCUUGGGCGACGCCAUUGCUUAUGGUCAGCGCAAGCGCGAGAACAUUGGUGACCUCAUCGAGGAGACGCUUGAAGCCUUUGAGAAGACGGGUGGUGAGGAUGCCUUCAUCAACAUCAAAUACAUGAUUCCCACCUACGAGUCGUGCCUGCUGAACUAG